AUGUUUUCCCAAGCUUUCCUUUCUGCCGCGGUUGUUGCUUUGGUGUCUGCUAGCAGCAUUGCUCCCCGUCAAGCACUCGUCAGUGCAAUGGCCCCUAAACUCAUAGAGAGUAUCAAGGAGACACUUGUGCCAUGUGCAUCGUCGGAUACAUGUCUGCUAGGGUGCAUUGAGUCUACAUUAGCUACCGAGGCUUGCGAUGACGCUGUCAACUACCCCACUGCCGAGGAUGUUUCUGCAUGUGUGAACGAUACCAUAGAUGAGGGUUUAGUCCUUGCCAAGGCCAGAGUGUAG